CACCUGCGCUGCUUCUCGUAUGGUUUCACUUCAUGUCUUCGACGCAUACGCUGCGUAAAAAUCGACUAUGGCUGUCUUAAAACUGAUAUUUCUGCUGAGUAGUUGGAGCAUCACUGGAGUUGCAGCAAAAGACUCGCCAGUGAUGUUUUAUCAACUAAAGAACAGCUCUGUGUGUCUCCAUGUCAAAAAACAACAGUCAUAUACAAACGGUCAGUGGAAACGUGAUGCAACAAUCAUUGUUUCAGGAACGCUUAUCAAUCCAACAUAUGAAAAGAGAGUCAAGUUUCACCCCAAAAACAUGACCUUGUGUAUAAGUGAGCUGACUGAAAGUGACACAGGGCUUUAUAAGGCCUCCUACCCCCUCAACUUCACUGAAGUAUCCGAGUCUUACCAAGUCGUCGUACAAGGAAUGAUUCCCAGACCAGUGAUGGCUGUGAUACCAGAAAAUCACUCCAAUCUUUCAGCAGAAUCAUGUGAUUUCACAGUGAACUGCUCCAUCCAGGAUGACUGGCUGGGGUCCAUCUGCCAUAAAAAUGGCUGCAGAACAUCUCAGAGGUCCUUUAGCAAAGUCAACAUCAGCAUCUUUGCAGAAAACACAGUUGUUGUCUGCAGUGGAAACAACCAUGUCAGCACAAAUAACAUCUCACAAAACAUUCCUACUGCGUGUUUCGUACAGACGAAUGUUGAACUUAAAGAGGAAAUACAAACGUUUCCUAAAAAAAUUUACAUUUUCAUCAUUGUCAUUGCUGCUGCUGUUUUUGUUUUUGUAAUACUCCCCAGUUUUUUCAUUGCCAGAAAAUAUCGGAAAUACAAACAUAACCAGGAGGCGACGUCUGUUGCCCAGUUAAUACAAAGCGGACCACUAGAGGCCCAGCAGCUUUCUGAGCCCAGAGCCUCAACAUCUUCCAGUGAAGCGGACCCUUCAUAUGAGAACGUGGAAGCCAAUCAGCCCAUAGAGAUCGGCGUCCCAAGACUUGAGCAGGUCAUCGGUGACAGUCAGGGGGUAGAGACCGAGUACAGCGUCCCCAGAAAGGCUGCGUCUUGUGUCCAAAGGGACAAGAAACGAGAUGAGAACACGCAAAAGACUCCCGCUUCAGGGCGAGUCAGUGUGAAUACGGACCAGAGCUCCACACAAACAGAAACUCUAGACCCACUACAUUGUUGUGAAUCGAUGGAGCCAGAGGCUGCACCCCUGGAGAAGAGAGCCCGCUGUUCGGCUCACCUGUGUUUCAUCAUCCCAUUAUCCUGGAGCUUAAGAGGAGCAGACAACCAGCACUUCAGCGCCUGUUUGCCAGUAAUGGUACUCUGA